AUGGAAGGUCUCAAGGAGACUGCAUCGUCAAAAACACUCACAACCAAGCAUCUUUAUCAACUUCACUUAGAAAUUUCGAGAACGGCUUCCCUCGAUGCUAUUGUGCCGCAGACCGCCUUCGAUGCUCUCCAGCUAGGUAGAUCUACCCAGUUCGUUGUCUGCAGGCUUCUGCGUUUUUGGGAGUCUAAAAACAUCAAGAACAAGGAUUUUGUGAUUCAUGGAUUCAUCCUUGGUGGUCGCGCUGCUUAUUACCGGCCAUCUUUAUGCGAGGGUUCAGUGAUGAAGGUUUCACGAUUUGAAGUUGCGAGAUGUACGACCAUCCAUUUGUGGUCCUGUUUCUUCCCCAGACAACCAUGA